AUGUCUUCAGAAAAGCUCUUAACCCUAAAGACCAGUGAUGGUGCAGAGUUCCAAAUAGAAGAGGCAGUGGCUGUGAGGUCACAACUCAUCAAAAACAUGGCGGAAGCCGAAGGCGCCAUUCAUCUGCCAAAUGUCAGAAGCGAUACAAUGAUUAAAGUGAUCGAAUAUUGGAAGAAACACUCGGAGAAAGGCAUCUCAGAGGACGAGCUGAACAAUUUCGACAAGAACUUGGUGAAGCUGCAUCACUCGGAUUUGUUUGAACUCGUCGUAGCUGCUAAUUUUCUUGCCGAUCGAUGA